UGGCCAUUAUGAUUUUCAAGCACACAGUCUUUGAAUCCAGAAAGAAGCCGAAAGGGUUUUUGAGGACGAGAAUGAAGACGAACUUACGCGACCCCAAAAUUGCGCAGGCGGCAUGGCCCCGCACAGGCACCGAGCGGUUGCUGUCGGAGCUUCUCGAGGGGGGGGGCGGCACAAAUGGUGGCCGUCUUGGAUGCCCUUUCGCACCGGGCCGCCGAGGAGUGCGCACCCCACGCGUUGGCAGGGUCCCCAGCCGCCGCCUUCGACCACGACUCUGCGGAAGUCUUCGCAGAGCUCUUCUUUGCCGGAGCAGAGAUCAUUGCAGGAGGUGGAGGAAAUUCUGAACGCAGAGGGGCCAUCCUGAGCUCCAACGUCCUUGCUGGCAUCAGAGAUGGACAAAGUCUCAUGGCAUUGGCAGUGGCCGGCGAGGACGGUGUGACUGAGGAGGCAACGGUCCGUUUCCUCAAGCUGGCCUUCAUGUGCGAACGGUGGGACAUAUUUGAGGGCCUCAUCUCCCCCACACUCGGCUACUUACAGACCAAGAGCACUACAGGACGAGGAGAGCUCCACCAGACCCUGGAGCUCCUGCAAACCUUGGAGCCACUCUUGUCUGGACGGAGAACAAAGCACGCGGGGCUCACGUCUGCCAUGGACUCCUCCAUGGACGAACAAACGCUCGCAAAUGGGGCAAGACUGAAGAGCGCUUGGAGUUUGGAUGAACUACUCACAGCAGUGGAGAAACUGAGUGCUGCUACAGAAAGCCUGCAUGCCACAGCUGACUUGACAUCAAAGGCAGUGCAGGAGGAGCGUUCUUUGCUGACGGACGCUUCUGCACAGCUUUGGCACGGAUGCAAAGCUGCGCUGUCGCGGAUGCAAAUGAGAGGAGCGAACGACUCUGCUCGACAUCGGGCCAAGACCGACAGCCUCACUAAGCUGUGCCGAGCACUGUGUUUGCUGCACGGGGCCAUGUGUGUGCUGGGCGUGGCACAGAAAGAUCUCCUCUCCUUGGUCGAAGCUUCUCUCCGUCUUUCCGCACUCCUACAGAGCAGCGCUGAACAGACUUUGCGACACGCGUCAGCCCAGGCAAGCAGUGAGGCUGACAGGUCGGCUAGCAGCCAACGCAGCCUUGAAACAGAUAUGCUCACGAGCUACCGCGAGCAACUGUGGCUGGCAUUUGUUGCUCUGAGCCGGGCCCUGGAUGAAGUUGGUGUCGCGCGAGGACUCACUCGACCCCGCGGUGGCUCAGCCAUCACCUCCUCCAUGGACCCGAGCAGGGGUGACGCUGAGGGGAGUGAACCGGGUGUGGAGUCGAACACUCACACAGCACUGGAGGAAGAUCUGCACCUGGAGAUGCUGUGGGAGAGGCAUAGGGUGGCCCUCAAACUGUUGCACCUGCAGCAGCCAACCUCCAAAGCAGAUGGCGGUCAACUCAAAAAGCCGGGGAGAAGUUGCAGAGAGUGCAUUCCCAAACAGCCUGGCACUGAUAUCAGCCUCACAGAGGAAGGUGUUCUAGCAACAAUCGGACGCAAUCCCUUAUCCAAGGCAGCGUUCAUCAUGCAGAAAGCCCUGCUCGAGGCUUCUGCUCCUGCCAAGGCACCCAGUGAAGUCGCUAAGAUGUUGGAGGGGGCGGCUGGCCUCAUCCGCAAGGCAGAGAUGGAGAAGAGCGGUUUUCAUCUGCUGGGACGUACGCCCAGGGGUGAGGGGGCCGCGCCACCCCCGCCCCUCCUGCUGCGGUGUGGAGAACGCGGCGCGGUGUUCGCCCCUGUGCCCUUCAGCGGCUCACCGCAGGUGGUGUGGUACCGACUGUUCGGGCGCACGGCCACGGGUCACAACGUGAAAGUGCGGCUCAGUGACUACCACCUGCAGGGCACUGGAGAGGAGGUGCUCGCGGGCGAAGGGUGCCUCCUUCGCGCCGAGGGGCUGCAGCCUAAUGAGAAGUACGUGUUCGCGGUGGCGGCAUACGCUCGCGACGGCAGCCUGGUGGGUGGCACCAUUGGGGAGACCACUCGCCCUAUCCUGGCCUCGUGCCCCCUGCCCACACUUCUGGCAUGGGCCUAUCUGGCGCAGGUGGCUUUCCAAACGCGAUGUUUCGCCAUCGCGAGGUCAGCAUGCACACUGCUCUGGGAUCAUUUUGUGUCCUCGCCAGAGUCUGAAUCUGACUCUGAAGACUCUGUGAAGCGGUGGAGGCUGCGGGAGGAGGCAGUGAGUGGGGCGUCGCCCAUUCUUCUCAGGCUGUUCGUGUCCAGCGUCUUCAUCUCGUGUGACAUGACCAUGGGGGGUGCAUCUGUCUCCCCGGAGAAGCGCGUUCCCCUGCAAUGGCAGAUCACCCGUCUGGAGGAGUGCGCACGUGUGCUGGUGGCGCUGGAGCUGUGCCAUCAUCAUCUGGACGAGCCGACGCUGACCUUGCAGGCCGGGGCCACGUGUCACGAGCUUCUGGCGCCUUUCAUGUACCACGGCGUGACCUCAAGAGCCGCGGCAAAGGUCCUCUGGUUAUGCCUGGAUAUGAUAAAGGCAGUCCCGUCAUCUGUCCGUGUACGCAAGCAAGCGGGCUUCAGUGAGAGUCUCCAGCACAUGGUGGCGAAAAUGUCAAACUACCUGGCCAAGGCGCACUGUGAAUGGGAUGAGCCGGACGUUGCUGGUGAUGCCCUGGAAUUGGGAAAGCGUCUCCUUCGAGAAGACCUUGAUGGCUUGGCCCUGCCCUCGUCUCUCGAGAUGCCCAGGGCGACCGACAGGCAGGAUGUUGGCAGUAGCACACUGCUGGAGUCAAGUAUCGGAAAAAGACUCACGAUUAAAAAGCAGCAGGCACCCAAAGAGGAACGCAACUUUACUGCUGAAUUAAAUGCAUUGGAGGCUUAUGCGCUAAAGAUCUCUAAACAAGAUGUCAAAGCAGAUCUCACGGGACUUGAAGAUCCAAUGGUGCUGCACUCAUGUAUUGCAAAACUACCUCUUAAGAUGGCGCACAAGGAAGUGAUGAAGUUCCACCGACACCCUCGUUUCCUGGAGUUCUUCGUGCAUUUGCUCAACCGAGCUCUUUCUGAGGACGCGGUGGAGCUGGCAGUGGAGUGGGGUGAAGACAUUCAACUUUGGCUCAUCAGACGGAAUGAAUUGAUUCUCGGCCUCAAACCAGAGCUGGAGAAGAUGACAGGGCUUAUCAGAGUGGGCACGGAUGAUCCAAGGAAACAGACCAGUAUCAUUGCUGACUACCACAAGAGCCUGGAGCCUCAGCUCACAAGCAGAUCCACCGUCGCCCCAAAGAAAUCAGUCCCAGGGAAAUUGCAGAGGCAGAGGGAGAGCAAAAAGCAGCAAGAGAAGAAGGCUCUGGAGCAGCUGACAGAAGCGCUCACGAGCUUCGUUCGACCGCUCAUCCGUCGCCAGCGACUCCGCCAGGUGUGCACAAAGGAGUGUCUCUGGCGGAGUCGGUUUAACCAGCUGCUGGGCUGGUGUCACCUCACUCUCUUUCUGCGCAAGCACGAAUGGGUGCAGAGACACAACACACCGGGGCUCUGGAGCGACGGAGCCCUGGACUCCAACGUCUUCUCGCUGGAGGCGUCAGGGGUCGUGGUGGCAAUGCCGGAAAUCCCAGCCACAGCUCGAGAUGGCGCCAAGGAGACAGAAGUCUCCAGGGCGGUGAUGGCGCAAAAGUCCGCGUCUUCCCAACGCCGCGUUCUGGCCAUGAUGAAGGUCGCUGGCAGUAACGGAGGGAGCGAUGACGAACACGAUGACGACGACGACGAUGACGACGACGACGACUGUGAUGGUGGCGGCGACGGCGGUGGGAGCGGGAGGUCAGGAACCAGCUCCGCAGACUCGUCGUACGGAGAGGCGAGGUCCAAGAGAACUCGGAGGAGCGCCGGAAAGGAUGGCGAUCCCGGGGCUUCGCUCGUCGAGCUGACGGAGCGCCUCACGGCGGCCUGCACAUACCUUCGCAAGGCCGUCGUGCUCGCUCACCGCGGCGGUCACCGCUCUCUGCUGUGGGACGUGAGCCGCUCACUCCUGGACUGCGUGCGCUCCUCCCACGAGCCCCAGCGGCUGGAGGGAGAUGACGGCGGUGGCGGCGGUGGCGCUGGUCACGUGCCGGCGAGGACCCAGCGAGAGGUCGUCUGGUUUCCCCUCUUUCUCGCCGCCGACUCGAUGCUCGAUCGAGUCACGUGGACGCAAGGACGACCCAAAGACAACACUGUGGACGAGGAACAAGACUACGAUGACGAUGAUGGCGACGGCGGUUUAGAGGGAGGCGAUGCCGAGAGGACGGCCAUGAUGGACCUCCGAUCGCUUGUUCUGCGGGCUCUGGAAACUCUUCAUCGGCAGCGCAAGUGGGAGCACCUGGCUCAUCUUGCGCUGCGUUUCAACGAUCUCACACGGAAUCGUCACGCGGAGCAGGUGACACCGCUGCUCGUCCACGCACAGUGGCGCUUGCUAGAGCGCGUCAGAGACAGUGGCGGCCCCGAACCACCACAGCCCCACCUCCUCCUCGCCGAGCAGCAGGGCGGACAGAAGAGGACGAGCCAAAACUUCGUUGGAAAGCAGCCGAUUGUGGCAACCAUGUCCAGGGACUCCAUUGAGCCAGGGAUGCUCAUUGACCCAGCGGGACGCAACUUAUAUGCAGGAGGGUUGCGUGCGCGCCAGCUCGCAUGCGUCCCUCUCCACGUCGACGAUACCCUGCGUCGCUUCCGCGAGUCUCUCUCCCGCCGCCCCUAUGCCCACCGAGCCCUCGCUCACUGCCGCCGCCUGCUCGCACUCUUCCUGGCGUCGGCGCUCGGUGGUGCAGGAGGAGCGGUGGCAGCCCGGCGAGGCGAGGGCAGGACAUCUGUGCGCGCGUCGGGCCUCACGGUGGCGUUCCGGCUUCCGGCUGCGCAUAGCCACGACCCCAGCCCGCCCGACCUGGCGAGUCGACACUUCUCCUCGGCCGAAGACGUGGAGUGGCCUCCCCUUUCGCGGACGCAGAUCAACAUCGUGAUUUCUGCCUACACCAAAACCGCGGAGCUACUUGAGUCGGACAAGCAGCAGAGGUUGAGAGCGCAUGCACUGCAUGAGCUGGGGAAUCUGCACUACCACUCUGGCAACACCAGGGCUGCAUUCACUUGCUGGUCUCAGGCUCUCGAUGCGGCGCUGGGCAUCAGCGACUGUCUCGGGAGCUGGAGCGACGCCGUGGCACGGGCGGCCGGGAAGGAGGCUUCGGGCGACGCCAGCUCUGUGCUUCUCCGUCUGGGCGGCGUACGCGGGUGCCUGCUAGCGGCAGUGCUCGCCUCAAAGAUCGCGCAGUUCAUCCUAACAGCAGACUUUGCCGUGAGGAUACGGUGCAGUGUACUGUCAUCGAUGCUGUUUAAGGCCAUCUUUCGCGCAUCUCUCCCGCACCCGAAGGCGGACGUGGACUACGCUCGCUACGAGGUUGACGGCGGUCAAGGUUCGCCGGUACCCGGGGUCGAGCCGCUGACGCCGUCGCCCACGCCGAGCGGCGGAAGCCUCGACGUGGGGACCAUCGUGAGCUGCCUGAGCUUCCUGGCUAGGCACCUGCACCGCGCCGGCCUCCUGCUGCCGGUCCUUCCACUGCUGGCCCUGUAUCAACACCUCGUGUGCUCCAUCUGCCGGGACGUGCAGCGGAGUGUGGAGGGCAGGCUCCUCAAGGUGAACGUGCUGACGGACUUGGCGCUGUUUGGAGACGCGUCCCGCGAGAUGUGCACCGUCCUCCUGGGGGAGAAGUUGCCCCUGCCCGUUUUCCCCGGCUUCAGGGCGACUGACAGCAAGCCGGCGGCUGCGGCGGUGGUGGCAAGCAUGCAGCUGGAUACCUCGAAGGCAAUCUUAACAGAUGGAAAUCUUCAGGCGGUGGAACUGCUGUUGACUCAGCCCUUGUCUCCGGCGCUCGAGAGCGCUCUUGGACCCCGGCUGUGUCACCGCGUGUCACUGACGAGGGCCCGCCUGCUCGUCCGUCUCGCGGCGGCCCUUGGGGGGCUGCCCCCACCCCGCGCCGCCCUCUACGGCCUCUUCACUCCGCCCCGAGAGACAGGCAGCGAGAGUGACCUCUCCAGUGACUCCUCGUCUGAGCUGAGCGCUCGCACGCGGCCGUCGUCCAGAGGCUCCGCCGCAGGGGAUGAGGAGCUCGUGUGGCAGCUCGUAGCCCACAAGGAUCAGCUGACCCCAGAGGUCGUCAAGGGCAUCUUGCUGCUGGAGGCCGAGGCGGUGCUGGGGUCCGUGGACCGGGCCCUCGUCGCUGCGCGGCACGGGAUCGGCGAUCGGCGCUCGCUGCGGCCCUCUCAGCUGGAGGAGGCAGUGCUUGUUCACCUGGAGGCAGCGCGCGUAGCCCUGGAGAGACACUGGGCACCCGUCAGUGCAGCCAGGGCCAUCUCUGCCAUGAAGCUGCUGCAGGAGGCGCGGGCACUGGGAGCGGAGACAGCGAUUGAGGUCGGAGGGUGGAGGCUCAGGGACCAGGAGCGGGACGUGGAGGCGCGUGGACGCCUGGAUCUGCGGCUCUGGCUUGAGUGUCGACUGAUGGUGGCAACAGCGCUCACACAGUGGCAGCCAGACCCUGCUGCAGGGCUUGGUGAUGCCGACGCCCGGAGGUUUUGCAAGGAGGGCCUCGCUGAGAGCGAGGCGUGCGGAGAUGUCGAGACACAGGCUGAGUUCAUGUCCCUCUCUGCCCUGCUCGAUUUCCAUGAAUGCCGUCCCAUCGCAGGCAUCAGAAAUACACUGCAGGCCAUCCUGGAACUGCUGGACCGACCGGCUGAAAUGCUCUCCCAGAGGGCCCACUUGCUUCUGGCCGAGGUUACCACACGGUUAGCGGACCUUGCAUGUGCGGCUGACGAGGGCCCCGAGAUGGAACUCCGCCAGCAAGACCACGCAGUGGAAAAGGAUGGCAACGACCUCCCAAAGCUCAACGCUCCUGACGGGGGAUCGUUGCCUUUCAUGGCAGAGAGCCUGAGCCUCUGCCUAAAGGCUGAGCAGAUUGUGUUAAGUCAGGUAAGAGAACUCGGCUUUGUUGGGGACAUCAGUAACUCCUAUCUACCACACGUCAAUAUGCUGGCCAAGAUUAAGCUAAGGAUAGGCUGCUUCCAGGCUGUGGAAUUGAGCCAGGCGCUCGCUCCGCAGGGAGGGGAUGGCUCCGAGUGGCUCCGCGCGCUCCACACGCUCGACUCUGCGCUGCGUCUCUGCCACUCGGCCUCCACGCAGGAUCGCGACCUCGCCGCCGAGAUCCUGCUCCAGAGAGGCAACGUGGAGUGCAGGAUCGCGCUGGGAGGUCACUGCGACCCACGGACCGCCGUGCGCACGCUGCUCAAGUCCGUGGACGUCAGCCAAGGCGCCUCGCACCAGCUGUGGAUCAUGAGACAAGCCUACUUGGAGGCAGCCCUGCUCUUCUGCCGUCUGAGCAAAAAGACUCGGGCGAGCGAGGCUCACACAGAACAGGAUGCGGUGGCCGUGAAGGGGAAGAUGGAUCCUGCAAAGCAGCCAAACAAGUCCAAGGUUGUUGUGCGAGGCCGGAGUCAAGCGUUGGUGGAACGGGGGCUGUCGGUUUCGGAGCGCUACAGCUUGUUGGCAUGGAUUGCCACUCGGGCAGCCACCCAGGUGGGCGAGUGCUGUCUGGCGUGGGGGAGGCUCCUCUCCGAUCAAUCGGGGGAUGUCCUGGGGAGAGAAGUCGCCCUCCAUCUCCCAGAAUUCAUGCUUCUUGACCUGGUUGCUUCGCACAGCCUUGCUGCGUCUGACGCUGCGGAGCCAACGCUGGGAUUCAGGGACGAGACCGUGUCCAGGUGUCGCUCCCGAGCCGCCACCCUCACCUGGGCUCAGGUGCUGCGCUACCGAGGAGCGAUCGUCCGUCGUACGGACCUCGCCUCGCAGCUCGACUACUUCCCCGGGCGCCGGCGGGCCGCCAUCGGCGGCUGUCUCGUCCGAUCGCCGCUCGACCUCGGGAGCUGCCGCUUGUUUCUGCGAUCGGGAGCCGUUCAUCGCUUCCUGGCGGAGCGGCUCACGGCGUACGCGGCUGGGCCGUGCCACGUACCCCCCGCGCCGCAGCAGCUGCUGCACACUCCGCCGCACGCCCCCAGCGCGGCUAGCCAGGAAUUGGCAGACGCGCUGGCUAAGGCUGACUCGCUGACGGGUUUGGUAAUUAUGCAGCCACUCACGCCACCGGCUGUCCAAGGAGGGGAGGGAGCUUCCGAGACAGACCCCGCAUUUGGAGCCAAGAGCAAGGAGCUGUGCCUGCAGUGGCACCAGCCUCUGCUGGAGCCCUUGAGACCGACCAAGGAGGUGAUUCUGUUGACCGCCAGCAACACGAGGCCCUUUCGCGUCAUCGACGUCAGAACGUGCGGUUCGGCCGACGCCAGCUGUAACUGCCGCCCCGUUCUGCUCUCCAGGCUGAACGCGCUGAGCCCUCGCCUGGCGUCGCUGAGGUCGCAGGUGUCCUUGCUCGCGGCAGACGAACCGUCCUCCUCGCCACACCCUCCCGCCCUACCGUUGCCCGUGCCUCCUGGCCACGGCUCGACCGUCGGGGAGAGGCAGAAGCCGGUGGCGGCGCGGCUAAAAGCGGCAGCUGGUGCCGACGGAGCGAACCUUGGCACCGUGAAGCUGCAGGAUCUGGCCAGGGAGCGCGCUGCGGAGAUUCGAUGCUUGCUGGGUUCCCAUGUGGAUGCCGAGCCACUUUCAGAGAUACCCUUUGACCUUUCCCAUAAUGCCUUGCGGAGUUUGGAGGCAACGUUCAGCCCAGCCAGCGGGUUCCGCGUGACGGAGGGGCGACUUCACGACUGGCUCGGCAAACUCCUGAGCCAGAUGCCGAACGGCCUACGACAAUAAUUAAGAUGAAAAAUCGGCCCUUACACAAAAAAAUAAACCCAAAAUUAUUUAUUCUGCAGCGAUCUUAAGAAAAAAAUCCAUACAGCCCUACGAGAUGUUAAAAUCAUUAUAAUGCAGAAUUUUUCGUGGAAUAUUUAAAAAACGCUGUAUUUUACUUUCUAAAGAAUCUAAUUGUUUCGUCUUUUAAAAUCCGUUUUGUUAAGAAAUAUUCUGACUCAUUUCUUAAACAAAUUAUAGAUGUGAAUAAACAUAUAUACCUAACUUACACUUCCUUUACAGUUGCUUACAUUAGAUGUAUCAUUUGUAAUAUGACGAUAAAGAAAUGUUGUCUACCCAAGCAAUACCAUUGCGCUGGUAAUAUCAGUUUAAAAAUGUUUUCUUCCCAAAGAGGAUGAGCUGACCCAAUGUACUCGCAGGGAAAGUGAAAUUGGCAGCAAGUGCCCGAGUUGCCUUUUGCCCAUCAACAGCCAAACUCUAGAAUAUUACAUUUUCCCAUGUGUGUUGAACCUCUUAGCACCGUACGAAGGACGACAAACUAAACCCAAAAGGCAGUUCUCGCUCUCAAAUGAACAAGAGCAAGGGAGGAGCCAAGAGGUGAAAUUACUUUUUGCCAGAGCCUGAAUCUCUAACGUUGGUGGUGGGAGAGAAGACUGGCUGUGGAAAUGACCACUGUGCCAAUAUAGGAAUUCGUUACAUCGGAUCAUGGCAUACGUCCUGGGGCACGACGUUAUCACCAAGGGACUGUUUCACAGACAGGAGAGUAGUCUUCCAGUAUGGGGCGAUGUUGCUUUGUGGUUUUCGCCAAUUAAGUAAAUUGCAGGUGAUUUUCAAAUCUGGACUGUGACAUUGCCGCGGAAAGCAUACUAUUUUUUCAAAUGAAGUCAGGAAAUCGUUCACAUCCACUGUGGAGCAGACGGCCAUUAACACGUAGGCUUUCGCGACCAAUAUCCAUUAGUUUUUUAAAAUUAGAAUUGUUAUUUUUAUGGGUUUACUUUUGAACACAACGCCAUGCUGAACUAGUAAAUAAUUGGCACGUUUUGUUUGUGACAAACCUUACUAAUUGGCUGUCGGGUGGUGGCGGGUUUAAUGACACAUUUAUAUUUACGCGAUCUAACCAAAAAAACCCCUCAGACUACACAUUGUUGGAUAAUUAUCUACCGGCAGGGUUAGUCAGGGUGGCCGCGAGGCUCGAACCGCGAACCUCUGCCACAAGCGGGGCUCUCACUACCACCCGGCCAUUUCACAUUUAAAAGAAGACUCCACGACGGUGGAUCGGUGCGUUGAUCAGAUCACAUAAAAACAAAAAUUGCAGAACAGCUUUUUUCAAAGCCUACGUGUUAAACCAAAAAUUAGCAGCACUGCUGGAUAAAGGCAUCCUCAUGGCGCGUCGUGUGAAUACCAGGCUCAACUUGUCCCAUGCCAUAUGCUUCUCGUCGCUGAUUCGGUGACUCCAGCAGCAUGGAGGCGGUGGCUUAGAUUGUUGGGUUUAGACUUCUGGCUGAGCGCUUCACUCGGAGUCUGGGGCAGAGUAAUUGCGGUCUCCUGAAUACCCGUGCGACUGUUCUUGGCAGCCACAUUGGUAGGGGCCUGUGAAGCAGCUUUUGUGUUUGAUGCCCAAAGUGAUAAUGCAUAGUUCACCUGCUCAAUCGUUGCUCUUAUAGCCCCUAUACAUCGUGGCUGUUGAAGUCUCUGAUGUGUAGUGCAGAGAGCAAGGCCAUGAAAAAAAUCCAAACUCCUUUACCAGUACUUUUUGGUUAGGUGGACUUCCAAAUCAAUUGUCUUCACACCUCCACUCCUUUCCCCUCCCCAGGACUUAGGUCUCUAUUUGCGUACACAAGUUAGUUGCUUGUAUCUACAGUAUCGAUCACACUGCGGUUAUGUUUCAGGCAUAUCCUAGCUCAAACUUAUCCUCGCUUGAAAUAAAAUACCAAAUCAUUCAUGGAAAGCAGCCGUUAACUCUUCGAAGGAGGCACAUUUUUGACAAGUAUUGACGGGAGGCGUCCAUCCCAGAUUCUAACUAAACACGGUGGUAGAUGCUGAGUGCAUUGUCCGAGCUUGUGAAUGAUGCCACCUGCAGUAGCGGCCGCAGGACUGCAGCGUGGCCAAGGGGGGAGUGUGCCGUGGCUGCAGAGGUGUAGGAACCUGAACAAAUCUAUAAUUUUAGUAAGUUCAUUUAAAAAAGGCAGGUAGAUGUUUUAUCCACCGCACUUUUAGCUUUUAAAUGCAACAAUAAAAACUACGAUUUAAUAAUCAGAAUGUUUACAGCUGACACCAAGUACUGGUUUAAAGGAUGGCAUAGCUGGCUGUGAAAUGGCUGACCCAGGUUCGAAUCCCACAAUUUUAUCUUUUUACCAAUUUACGUAUAUAUUGAGUAUGAUGUUCCUUUAACUUGAUGUCAACACAACAAGUGAUGGUCACAUUAUUAUGCAAGCCAGAUUUACGGGUGUUUAACAUUACCAUUUGCGACUUCCUAUGACAGUGCAUGGCACACUUUAACGUGUAUAGGCGUUUCUAAUACUUAAAUAUAUACUCAGUAAUACCUACACCGCUCGUAUACUGGGUCUAACUCGACUAGGUAUCCUGCGUGUUACUGCGCUGUCGCUGUACACAGCUCACUAAAUGCAUGUUUCUAAAUGUAUGUGGAGGGAAAAACCGGAGGAGCCGGAGAAAAAUCCACACGACCACGGAGAGAACAUGCAAACUCCAAAUAUACAGCAGGCGUCAGGGUCUGGAUCGAACCCACGACCUCCUGCGUACCAGGCGAGGUAGUUAACAUCUCACCACAGUGGCGCCCAAAACAAUGCAGUAGGCAAAAUACUUUCGUGAAUCAAAGUGCAAUAUUUAUUUGCAGGUACAAUUUGUGGAAAAAAGUAAGCUCGUGUACAUAUUUUUAUUCCAUUAUUGACAUGAUAGAUACAGCCACGAGCAAUUACUGUUUUAAAGUCAAACACUACUCGGCAAAUAAGAAAAUCGUAAGAUACUUCAAAGGCCAAAGGCACAUGAUCAAGAUCAACACAGUCUGAGAUUGGUAUCCAAAGUCAAUCGUGAUAAUAAAAAAUAAAGUGCGAUUCAAAUUGGUGUGCCACAUUGUCCUUGUCCGAUGUGAACCAUAACAAACGGACGACACAAUAGCAUUGGUUUAACAGGUCACAAGCCUGCUGAUGAAACUCAAGUAGAAACUGGUCCACCGUUAUGUUCCAACAAAAUGAAUGCUUGAUUAUUUAGGAAGUUAUCGUCGUUGCCAAACCAUUCCACUGAAGCGCACACACACACCUGUUGGCGUGUGUACACGUAUGGCAAAACAGACCAGAGUAUGAUUCAUUGGCUCUGUCCAUUGGCGGAGACUGUGCCAUGACAUCGUAACAAUGUGGUGGAAAUUCCUUGCCAUGUCCUUAACUUGCGCUGUCAAUUUCACGACAGAAUUGGCACUUCAGGCACCUCAUGAACAGCAACAAAAACAAUAUAUGGCAGAAAGUUUGCUGAUGGUAGAAAUCCCCCUAUGAAUAUGUUUACCCUGUACAUGAAUUGCACCCCUGGUUUUCAUGAGCUGCGAGAUGUUCGAGACAUUUUUAAAGGAGUAGAAAUGGGAUCAAGGACUGGGUGGAGACAUUUCAAAUCAAUAUUAGAGACAUCUAAAAUCUUACCGUUCUCGUCCAGAUACAAUACCUCUCUGACAUACAUACAUUUAUAUUUGAAUCAAGAUUAAGUGCACCAUGAAUUUAAUGUACCACCGGGAGGCGAGCACAGAAGACAGAAAUGCAAGCCAGUAUAAUUGAGGUCUUUGGUUACAAGGCCGCGUUCUAUAGUUCCUGCUGGAACAGAAUAAAGGCAACAGAGAGCAGGACCCACAAGGCUGGAGAUAUGGUCACCCUGCUAGAUGGACUUGGUACAUUGCUCUUGCAAUUGAUGCAGCCUGGGCCACACAGAGCGCAAAGGUCCAUCUCGGAGAGUCGUUUGGAUCUGUACACUUCCUCCACUCUUGUCGCUGUGUUUUUUUGGGAAAGGAAAGAGAAGAGUCACACUCGGCCACGCUGUCGACCACGAAAAUAAGUACCCCGUAACAAUAACACCAAAACUAACUCGCAUUGCAACACGUAAUACUGUACGUAACACUAAACGAAGGCACAGCCAAAGAAGCAAGUGGGCAUUACCAGUCGCGCUUUUGUGUUGUUAAUGCCGAGUAGGUUGAUGCAUAUUUAACGUAUCACGAAUGAUAAAAAAUGCACUGCGUAAAAUUCCAACGUUUAAGCAAGCAUUUUUACUUUGGGUCGUGAUGUCAUUACAGUUUUAAAGUCCUAUGCAGAAUAAGUGGAUGAGGUGUUUCUGAGUGGAAGUCGGGAAAUAACAUGGUUCCAAAAGUAUUUCAAAACGUGGCUCUUGUUGUAGCUCACAGAUGCAGACUGUGAGCAAAUCGUCCAGAAUGUCUAUCUUCAUCAGAAUCGCGAAAGCUCAGCUCCGUUAAUCUUGCAUGGUGCUUGCAUGGUGACCAUCACUCAUACAAGGUUGUCAGACAGUUGUGGCACUGUGUCACAUCGUGGUCAGCAUGUGAUUCUAUGCUCCCUGCAUCUGUGGUCCCUGCCUUCACAAACCCACAAUGGCAAGCGUGGCCAGGCAUGAUCAAGUAACCCCCAUGACCCGCACAUUGCGGGGAGGUCUUCAUCCAGCAGUAGAUUGAUACAAGGGCUGCAUAUAUCCAUUUGCAGAUGAUUGUGCAAAUGUCGCUUGGCUGGCCUGGGAACGCCUGAGAAGUCCCCAGGAAGAGCUAGGGUCUGUCGCCAGGGAAAGGGAGGUCUGGACCGCCCUACUCAACACGCUGCCGGCGCAACCCUCACCAGGACAAGCGUGUUGAGAAACAAACGAACACAUAAAUGUGGCCACAGCGACAAUUCACGCAGACCUUGUUGAUGUCCGUGCACUUCCAUUAACAAAGCGCCUCUUGACUUCGACUACGUUAGGAUGUGUGGUGCGUUUUUUUGCAUGUGCUCAAUGCAAAUGACGGACCGGCAAAUAUUUCACGGCAGGUUUCUACGCUUUAUAUGUAUGUUGGGAUUUGAGAGGAAAUAAAUCUUGUGUUUUCACUGAAA